UCGUCUUCGGACUUACGCCUCACGACCUUCUCCCAUCCGCUGCCUCCGUUCCGCCUGCGACAUCCCUCUGCAAGGGAUAAGGGCCGUAAGAUGUUUAGCUUACGUCCGCCAGCCUUUCGCAUAUGGGCGAAAGGCGGCAGUCGAAACAUAUCUUCGGGCAACAACGCGUUCUUUGGUUCGAUUCUUCUUCCGAAGACGCGCUUUCCGCUUAGGAGCGAUCCAGCAAAGGACGAGGCUAUAGCUCGUAGGACAACUGAGCAUCUCUAUGAGUGGCAGUGGGAAAACGCAAAGGGCCCGCUAUUCGUAUUCCACGACGGUCCACCAUACGCAAACGGAGACCUACAUAUGGGACACGCAUUGAAUAAAAUCCUGAAAGAUAUCAUAAAUCGGUAUCAUGUUUCUGUUGGCGAACGUGUGCAUUAUGUCCCUGGCUGGGACUGUCACGGUCUUCCUAUCGAACAGAAAGUGUUGAAGGCACUCAGAAAAGAUGUCGAUGAAGUUUCCUCGGUCACUAUUCGCCAAGAAGCGGAAAAAUACGCGAAAGAGCAAGUUGAAUCGCAGAAGGAUCAGUUCAAGAGCUUGGGUAUUAUGGCAAAAUGGGACAGGGAGACGACAUACCGCACUAUGGAUCAUGACUACGAGAUGCGCCAACUCCGUAUAUUCCAGAAGAUGGUUGAGCGAGGCCUAAUCUUCCGCCAACACCGCCCUGUGCACUACUCGCCUUCUUCGCAGUCUGCUCUCGCCGAGUCGGAGCUCGAGUACAAGGACGCCCAUGUUUCACAUUCAGUCUAUGUCACCUUUGACCUCGAAUCAACUACUACCGGUGCACUCAGCGGUGUUGAAGGUCCUAUAAGACUGCUGGUUUGGACAACGACACCGUGGACAUUGACGGCCAAUAUGGGAAUUGCUGUUAGCCCAGAAAUGCAAUACGUUGUCGGAUGCAGCUCUCAGGAUCCUGAAGCCGGAGCUCUUAUCUUCGCCUUGGAUCGCAAGGAAGAUCUACAACCUAUUCUGGAUGGAAUGGGGAUUGAUGAGAUCAAGAUAACUAUCCCAGGUAGUGCGCUAGUCGAGCUGAAAUACCGUUCAUUGUUCUCUUCCAGGAACGAUGCACCGCAAAGCCUGUCUAUCCUUCCCUCCUCACAUGUCACCCCAGACUCUGGUACUGGCGUCGUUCACCUCGCUCCAGCGCAUGGUCAGGAAGACUAUGAACUCUUUCGAUCUCGUGGCCUGACUUCUGACAUGGUUUGUCAUGUCGAUCGCCGAGGACGGUUCACAUCCUCUGUUAUCACCGUCGUUGGCGAAGCUUUCGCGGGACGCCUUAUUGGCAAGGAGGUACUCUCUGAGGGAGGCAAGGCUAUGGUUGACAUCCUCACGGAGCUUCAAGUGCUGAAGAAGAUCCAGCGAUACAAGCAUAGGUAUCCGUAUGAUUGGAAGACCGACCAACCGAUCAUCAUGAUGGCUACGUCUCAAUGGUUCGCUAACCUCGACGCUAUCAAGGGUGAUGCUAUUAAUGCGCUUCAAGAGGUUGACUUCUUUCCCGCAGUAUCCCGUAACCGCCUCGAAGCUUUUGUUCGCUCUCGCUCCGAGUGGUGUAUCUCUCGGCAACGCGUAUGGGGCGUUCCCAUCCCGGCUUUGUACCACCUCCCGACCGAGAGCGCUAUCCUCACUCCUGACUCGCUCACGCACAUUAUCAGUGUCCUCGAGCGGAAGGGCACGCGGCGUUGGUGGAACGGCUCCGUCGCCGACUUUGUUCCGCCUUCUCUGCUCUUCCCAGGCGAGGACGUCGACAAAACGUGGGUCAAGGGCACCGACACGAUGGACGUGUGGUUUGACAGCGGCACAUCGUGGUCGUUGCUCGAGGGUCUUGCUCAAGUGGAGACGAGCCAGAAGGUACCUGGUCGUUAUGCCGACGUAUGUCUCGAAGGCAGCGACCAGCACCGUGGCUGGUUUCAGAGCCUGCUCCUCACCGCGGUCGCGUCGGCGCCGCUGAAGAAGCCGCCCGUUGCGCCGUACGGUGCGCUUAUUACGCACGGCAUGGUCCUCGACGAGAAUGAUAGGAAGAUGAGCAAAUCCAUAGGGAACAUCGUCACUCCACAGACAAUCAUCCAUGGUGGCAAGGAUACCAAGAAAGAGCCUGCAUACGGAACAGGAGUCCUCCGGCUUUGGGUUGCCACGGUUGAAGUCGGGCGCGACAUGUCCAUCGGCCCCACCGUCCUGUCUCAAUGCGUGGAGAACCUCCGCAAAAUCCGCAACACGGCCCGAUUCUUGCUCGGAAAUCUCGGCGACCACCGUUUGUCGGACGAAGACAAAGCUCCAAGGGAGCUGUUAGGCAUGACCGAUCGGUACGUCAUGCACAAGCUGCACGAACUCGAGAGCACGGCUCGCGAAGGCUACUCGACGUACAACUUCCCUAAGGUCGUCGCCGCGUUGUCUAACUUUGCGAAUAUCACGCUGUCGACGCUUUACUUCGAUACCACGAAGGACCCACUCUAUUGCGAUGCCAAAGACAGCGUACGCCGGCGUGCUAUUGUCACUGUCAUGGAGCAGCUUCUCGAUACGAUCACAAAAGUCAUGGCACCCAUCUUGCCCCACCUCGCGGAGGAGAUCCAUCAGACACGCUAUCCCGAAGGCACAGAAGUCUCAUCGGUUUUCUGUCAACCGUGGCAGCCUUUAGACGCGGAGUGGCAUGACCCCCAAGUCGAGUCUGACAUGAUCGAGCUUUUGCGGCUCAAGGACUUCGUGAAUAUUUUGCUGGAAAAGCCAAGACGGAACAAGGAAUUGAGGUCGUCGCUCAUGGCUGACGUCGACAUCGUGAUCCCGGAUCGCAGUGCUGAAAGCAGCCGCAUCCAACUGUUCAUUGUCUCGCAAGUUAAUGUGGUCGACGAUAGCUCUCUGAGCGUUAGCAAAACCGAGCGGGUGCCUCCUGCCUCGGUUGAUACUUCUGAUGACUUUACUAUCAUGAUCGAUGAGGGCCUCCUGGGUGCUCUCAAACCUGUGUGGGCGUACACCCAUUCACUCGAGAUUCCUGGCUCAAGGGAUCGAAUUAUCGUGCGUGUAAGGUCCGCAAACUCUCAUAAAUGCCCGCGGUGCUGGACGUACACUGCGGAAGAGGAAGGCACGCUUUGUGGUAGAUGUUCCGAAGUCUUGCACCUAUAGAAGC